AAAGUGAUCUGCGGCACCUAUGAGAAGCUCAUAGUGUGGACACAGGAAGCAAACGGGCCUUAUCGCGGGCAGACACUCAAAUCUAUGCAGGCCGUGGAGGUUGGCGAGGUAUGCGUGGGUCCAUGUGUGCGUCUAUGUGUGUGUAUGUGCGUGUUAAUGGGGGGUUCAGUGCUGCUGGUGGUGGUGGGAGGAACUUCCUCCUAUUCUUCUGCUGCUGAAGAGUUCCCAUGAGCGCUCCUGCCAGCAGCGACAGUGGCCCGAGCACAAGUCUCGACUCCGCGUCGCCGGCGGUCCAUGCAAGCCGAGCUCAGGAGGCCACAAAGCACCAAUCUGGAAGAAGACUGAAGAAGAUCGCCACCUUGAUGACAUCAUUACCACCAAUCGUGAAUGGAAGAUAGCUCAGAAAACUGAGCGACAAACUUCCAGGGAAUCUGACUUUUGCUGCACAAAAAGAAUUCCGAGCGACGUGAGGCUGAGAUGAUCCACAACACGCUCAAGUCCCAGCAGGAGGAAGAGGAGGCGGCGCCAAUUCCCGCCCGUACGCACUCGGCCGCACAGAGGCGGCUAUGGAGGUACUCGGGCUGCAAGGGCGCCGGGCGACCUGAGAGCCAGCGCCGCAGCGUGUGCGUUCUUUCGGCCGACUUGAACGGGACGGCGGGAGGAAGAGGAGGAGGGGGCGUGAUGCACACCAUUCACGGGUUGUGUCACCUCUGCAUUGGAUGUAGACUACCACAGGUGACCAUCCUUCGAGGAAAGGAUGGAUACGGAUUCACCAUCUGCUCUGAUUCGCCUGUGAGGGUGCAGGCUGUUGAUCCAGGAGGCCCUGCGGACCAGGCGGGUCUACAGCACCUGGAUACGCUUUUGCAGCUCAAUGGUCAGCCCGUGGAGCAGUGGAAAUGUGCGGACUUGGCUCAUGCCAUUAGAAACAGUGCAAAUGAGAUCACAGUUGUGGUGUGGCGCAGCGGGCCCUCAGCCAAACCCAACUUUGAGGGUCUCAUCCACCGACCCUCUUACAAGCAGCCCAUUCCCAACUACGACACGCCUUCGCCACCCGCCCGCCGGCGCACCCCGGACUUGGGCACCGGUCGAACCCCGCCGGCUAUCCCUCCGCUCCCGGCGCACCACCGCACCACGGCCUCCCGGAGGCUUCUAGUCAACGGCUCGGAGGGCGUCGCAGGCGGCAGCGUGGGCGUGGGCACCCUGAGGUGGGGCGCCCAGGGCGGCUCGGCCGAGGAGCUGGACGGCAGGCCGCGGCACCUCCAGCCUCCUCACACCGCCACGCUGAAGGGAACCAGGGUGAAGGCAUCCAACGGCGACAACUACAUCAUCCUGGCCCCCUUCAACCCCGGAAGCCAGAUCUUGAGGCCAGUUUAUCAGGAGGAUCAAGGAACGUUAGCCAGCCGGUUGUACAGCACGCGGCAAACCUCUGGGGCCUCAAACCCGGCCGCUGGUUCCGCUGGUGGCGUUGGAACCUUGUCAUCCGGUCCAAGCGGAGGUGGUCCUUUCUCCAGUCGCACUGGCUUCCUGCGUCGCUCCAACAAUAGCAAGACAUCCAAAAACACCUCCACCGGUACCGGCGUGCCCAACUACCCUCAGCAGAGUGCCAACUUUGCCAACUACCAAAACUGCACCAUUGUCCGCUCUCACGUCCCUCAUGGUAACUACGGAUAUGUCUCUUCGGCGCCCAAAAUCCUAAUUUUCCCCAUAUUUGUUCAGCCUCUGGACCUGUGCAGUCGAGCUCUCAUCGUAACAGAGGAGAUGAUUUUACAUGAGAGCAAGCAUCACUCCCUCAAGGUUACCGUGUUCGUCUACACAGACUUGAUGUUGGUCACGAGAGAAGACGAGCCCGGCAAGUGUAACGUCCUCCAGAGCCCUUUGUACCUUCGACACCUGCGACUACAGGAUGAUUAUGCCGAAGAACUACGAUUCUACCUUAUUCACAUGACCGAGAAGUGCGACUGCCUGCUCAGCCUGGAAGCGUACUCGUCCGAGCAGAAGCAUCGCGUGUGCCAGUGCCUCAAGGACAACAUCGACAAGCAGCUCCAGCUUCAGAGGAGGGAGCCCGCCGUUCAACAUUUUGACCAGAUGUUGGAACCAAAGAUGGACGCGCCCUCUUGUGAGCUGGGCGGAGUCGGGGUGGAUCGAGGGGGCGUGUGCCUCCACCUACCGCCCCGCACUUCUGAGGGGGAGGAGAGCAGCCUGUAUCCGUCCAGCCCCUCCGAACCCUUGACGCUGAGCAGCUCUCACCCCUCGGAGCUCCUCAGCCCUCUGAAUGAGGUCUACCUGCCCCUCGGUAGCCUAGGCGGGUCAGAGGAACGCCACAGAGUGCCGCCCACUCCUCCGCCUUCAACCGAGGGCGAGGACUGGAAGAGCAUGGAUGGACACGAAAUGGAGAUCUGGAGAGAGGGCAAUGAGAGAGAGGGAGAGUAUGAGGAAGAGGAGGGUGCGAGCAGGAAGAGCGAGUUGGAAGAGCUGGUAGAGCAAGAGGAAGAAGUUCACCUCCACCUGCUGGUGUCCAACGAGGACAACGUGUACGAGCUGCCCGACACAAACGCCCCUCCUUCGUCCUCCUCAUCUUCAUUCGUCAUCCCUGAGCUGCGCCUAGACCGCUCCUUCAGCGCCGAUGCCCUCUCCUCGGCCAACACCGAUGAAGAAGAAUACGAUGAGGAAGAGGAGGAGGAAGAUGAAGACGAUGAUGAUGAUGACUCAGAGGACGACAGCGACGACGCCUACUUGCAGCGCAGCGACAGCAAGCGGCGCUCCAUGGUAGAGGGCGCCACCUGCGAGAAGCACGGCGGCGGGGGCCUCAGCGUGCAGAACUCGCUGCGCCGGCGGACCCACAGUGAGGGCAGCCUGCUGCAGGACCCGCGCACACCCUGCUUCACCUCCGACAACGCCAUCAACUGCCUGGAGACGGGCGGCGGGCACCACAAAGGCGGAUGGACACUGCCAUCACCCAAGACUCUGAAGAAAGAGCUGACCAAGAACGGAGGCUCCAUGCAUCAGCUGUGCAUGCUCUUCUCAGGAAGGAAGCUCAGCACCGGAUCCUCCUGCAGCUGCGAGGUCGGCCCCGACGGCACCAAGAAGAAAAAGUCCAAGAACCUGGCAAUGUCAGGAUCAGCACCUUGAAAUGGUUGUCAACAAUUAUUAAUGGGACACUGAGUGACAUUUGUCAGAUAUGUAAAUCUUGAUACUACCUAUCAACUAUUUAACUUUAUGUAUUCCUUUAUUCAGAUCUGUAUCAGCUUCAUUUUAUUUCACAGUUUCUGUGCAUGCUCAACAUGCAGUGAAACCUAUCGCUGCAAUCUUGACAAAGUGACAUCGCCAACUAAUGGCCUGGCAUGCACAUAACAGUUUUUCCACUUUUAUUUCAAGCUCUGUGGGAUCGUAUGUGUUCUCAUAUUAAUUUCUAAAAUAAACAUCUCACUCAGAUGGUUCCAUAUUGGCAAAAUUGGUCGUUCUUCAAAUAAACGUAUUUUGACAAAAUGAAGGAAGAGAAGCAUGUUUAAGGACAAGGUUCCUCAUCAUGGACUUAAUUAAGUGGUAAAUGAUGUGUGAGGACUGUGUGUGUGUGUUGUCCAUAUGUGUGACUCACAUUUUCAACAGUAACUGUGUUCGUGUGCGUGUGUGUGUGUGUAUGCGUAUGUGUGUGUUGACGCCUCAGUGAUUCAUCAGCUGUUGAAUGAGCCUUUUCACACCCCACUUCAUCAAGACCAAGGCACUUUUACACUCGAGCAGGACAAUAAAAUCUGCUCAGAGUGGCAGCUUUGUAGCGCCAUGCUCUCUCCUUCUUGUCCACAAGCUGUGUUUGCUUAGGAAGAUUAAGUGAUUAAGAUUCCACAACUCCCACCCACACCACCGUCAUCACCUUCAAGAUGUGGAACUUGUUCUUUUUUUGCGGGUUGUACUUAAUGCAUUUUGUGAUUUGAAUGGAACGCAGAGAUGACAGCAUAACUACUCCCAGGAUUGGUCGCCAGUCAGUCACUGGGCACAUAUAGAGACAGCAGAGACAUUUUUAAUUUGCACUGUGUGGGGACUGACCCCACCCUUUCAUUCACUCAGCUCAUUAAAUAGCCAAUUGAUUUAUUGUAAAUAAUACAUUCAAAUAUUUUUGUAAAAUAAAUAAUUACUGGUCAAAUUAUUAUAUGUGUAUAUACGUAAUUUAAAAAAAUCAACUGCUUGAUACAUUUGACACCUUACUCACGAUUGAUCUAGCACCCUUUAUUUUUUAAAAUUUGAUUUCCCCUCUGAGCACUAUAACUUGUGCUUUAAAGUCACAGCCCAAUUUCUUUUGUCCCAUUGAAAACUGGAUUCUGGUUUUGUGAGUCUGUAAAUAAAUUCCACGUACAAGUGGGCCGGUUUCUUCUGCUGUUUUGACAUGCUUGUUAAUAGCAUUUUGAGAGUUUGUGUCACUGAGUUCAAGUGUCCCAUGUUUUUAAUUACAUCAUAAAUUACGUCUCAUACUCGGACAGUGCUUUGCUUGUCUCCAUCAGCCAUUUUCUACAAAGCCAGAGUACAAGCACUAUAUAUUGGAGGUAUAAAUAAACAUAUCUUAUAAACUCAAAGCCUAGAGGAAAUGAAAUUCUCGAGAUGUCCGCAGUAUGCAACGUGUUCAGAAAUAGAAGCAAGAAGUGGAUGGGUACUGAGGCUCGUCUCUUUUUCAUCUACGUCUUUGAGAUGCCAAUUACAUGUGACACUACAUUACAUAGUGAUGGUGAUAAUAACCUAGACUCUCCGUGGGGAGCUGUCAUCCAUUAGUUCCAACGUAAAGCCUUCUAUUCUGAAGGACUUUGAUCUUUCCUUAAUCCAGAGUAUUUUAAGAUAAAGGCGGAGGAUACAGUUGGUUUCUUGAUGGUUGUCUUUGUUGUCCUCCUUGUGUUCCUAUUUAACAGCCUUUGCUGAUCAAUCGCGUGCCUCGCAUUUGCUAAUGAAGAGAUACGCAGCAUUGAUCUUGAUAAUGUCAUCCUCGCCGGUAACAGAGAAGUACAUGAAGCUCUUUUUCUUUGUCUGUACAAUGUGAACUCGAAAUGUUAGUCGACUAAUUUGUAGUAACCGCCUCCCAGAACGCAUAACUGCCUGCAAAAUUCAACCAGACAAUUUAUUCAUUUAAAGAUUUGAUUUAUUUCAGCAUGUACAACAUCACCAUUCAUUACAACUUUAUUUUAUGUACUGUUUUUACCUGCUAAAAAUGGAAUUGGAUCAUACCCGUCUUCCAUUUUCUAUACUGCUUAAACUUAUUUGAAUCUUGAGCUGAAGUCUAUUUGGUAUUGGAUGUGCUUUGAUGAUUUAUUUUUCUCCCAAACCUCUUGGAAAACAAUUGAAUUGUAAACCUGUUCAACAAUUGAAUUUGCAAAUCCAUAUGUAUGGUCAACAGAAUUAGGUGAAGCCACAGACGGGGUAAUCGUGACGUGAAAUGGCAUAUCCCUAAAAAAGCUCAGCACCUGUGCUUCCCUUCCCCAAAAUUGAAUGGAAAGAAACUGUUUGGUUUUGUUUUCAUUAUUCAUAUUGUAAUUUGAGACGAUUCUUUUAUAGGAAUAUGGUAAUGUUUGUAAAGGCCCGUCUGACCAACUUCCUCUGCCUCAUUUCCUGUACUUAUUCCCCUCAUUGUUUUCUUAAACCGUUUCAUUUUUGGGGGCAUCAGAGUGCAGCUGUUUUCCUGAAACCGUCCCCAGUAUGUCUGCCAAAACCUAACGCCAGACCACUCUCCCCCUUCUUUUGUGUUGACUCAGGCCAGGUGUUGUUCUCCCUUAAGCAAAGCGAAUUUAACACGCUCCAUUUUCUCACAACUAACAACAAAGUAUGAGAAUAAACUGAACGUUCGUAGGAGUUGCCAAAGAAACAAGAUUGAAAAGUGUCUUUAAUCUUGAUCAUUAGGGUAGUUUGAAAAAGACACAUCAUAGACGUUAUUAUAAUAAUCUGUUCAUAUUAAUCUGUUCAGUAAUAAUCAAGAGAACGUGAUGAUCAAAGCUCCCAUCAGGCAUCUUUCAAGCUCCCAUCAGGCAUCUUUCAAGUAAAUCGCUUUCAAGUGGAAAGCAAUGAUAAUACUGUACUUUGCAUUUGCCGAAGCGACUUUGAAAGUCGCAGUGAUUAGUUUACCCCCAAAAAUACAUUGUCAGUAUAUGUUAUACAUACAGCCUUAGUGGAAGGAAUCUAUCCACUCUAAACACACAGAGGUCAAUGGGUGGUGUUAGGCUCCGCCUCUUUCUGACUCCAGGCGCUAUAAAGACUCCCACCGGCGCCUUCAGGGGGGUGAGAAGAAAGUGAUUGCAAAACAAGCCUGCACCCUUA